AAAUCCAUGAUGUUGAGAGGAGUCGCUCAUGGUGCAAAAGAUGUAUUUACUCUUCUGCUGCCAAGAUCUCGGAACUGUAACCCAGGACUGAAUUUUUCAUCAGUAUGGACUGAAGUAGCAAAGAGAAGCUUCCCAGUACAUUCCAGUUACACAACUGAUACAAAAUCAAGAGAGGAAAAUAAAAAAACCAUUGAGAGUCUGUAUAGUUUGUCAGUUGACAUUAAGAAAAUACGCAGACUAAAGGAAUGGGUCCUUCUCCAGGAUGUGGCCUAUGUUAAAGAAAUUGCUGGUACCUUACAAGAAAUGGGAGCGGACAAGACCACUGUAGCUAACAUUUUAGAACGCUGCCCAGAGGCAAUUCUCCGUACCCCUGCAGCAAUAAACUCUCAGAAAGCUCUAUGGCAAUUAGUAUGCCAGAAUGAAAAACAGUUGAUUAAAUUAAUAGAGCAAUUUCCAGAAUCUUUUUUUACUACUGAAUAUCACGAGAACCAGAAGGGAAAUAUACUGUUUUUUCAAGAACUAGGACUUAAGAAUAAUAUAAUCACCAGGUUCUUGACAAGUGCACCCAGUAUUUUCUACAAUCCUGUUGAGAAGAACAAAAAUGUGAUAAAGACAUUACAGAGAAAUUAUUUAAGUUUAGGAGGUUCUGAUGCCAAUAUGAAGAUCUGGAUACUGAAGCUAUUGAGCCAAAAUCCAUUUAUUUUAUUAAAUACCUCCACUGCAAUCCCGAAGAACUUGGAAUUUCUCCAGAAGAAUGAUUUCACUGACCAUGAAGUUCUACAGCUGCUGUCCAAACUUAAAGGUUUUAUUUUUCAACUUACUCCUACUACUAUGCAGCAGAGUAUGCUUUUCUCCAAAAGUGUCUUUAAAUGCAGUGAUCAAGAAUUGAAACAGCUGGUGCUGAAAUGCCCAGCCCUUCUCUACUAUUCUGUUCCAGUUUUGGAAGAAAGACUUGAAGGACUACUGAAGGAAGGGAUUUCUGUAGCGCAGAUUAGAGAGACACCGAUGGUGCUGGAGCUGACAACACAGAUCAUUCAGUAUCGAAUUAAAAAACUCUCUGCUUUGGGAUAUGAUAUAAAGAGUGGAACUCUAGAAAGCUUGAAUGGUACAAAGAAAGAUUUUGAAGUAAAUUAUGGUAAGAUACAGUCAAAGAAGGAGAGGCCAAUUUUUAAUCCCGUUGCUCCUAUAAACAUUGAAGAUUAA